UAAUAAAAAGGGACAUAAACCUUUGGCUUGGGCAUCAGAAAAAACCUAAAAAAAAAUCCCUCAGAAAGCUUCUAGCAAGCCCGGAGACUGCAUAGGAAAAGAUGACAGUGGUUUUGCCAAGGUUUAUAGUCAUCAACUUCAAUGACAACGAUGAGAAGGACGACAAGAGACAUUACAUGGGCUACAUCAAUGAAAAAGGGAAAGAGUACAAUGGGUACCUUGCAUUCACUGAAACUCAGGCUGUGAGUGCCUAUGCCAAAUUUGAAGUGGAGACUGCUGAUAGAAAUGGUUUGGUGCACAUAAGAAGCAGUCAAAACAACAAAUACUGGGUACGAACCAAAGAGAAUGACAACGGAGGAAAUUUGGCCUGGAUUACUACUACUGCCGAAAAGCCAGAGAACGACCAAUGCAAGGAGUCUUGUACGUUGUUCAAGUUUAUCAUUGAAGAUGCUACAACAAAUAUGUAUCGAAUAGUACAUAUCCAAUCAGGAUGCUAUUUAUUAGCAAAGUGGCGGGCAUCAAACUUUCCUUGCUUUGUGGGAGCAAAUGAUAAAACUUGUCAAGAAUAUGAAAAUGACAUCUUCAAAAUUAUUGAUUGGGACUCUUUGGUGAUUCUACCAAAGUAUAUGGCAUUCAAAGGAGAUAAUGGUCAAUAUCUGUGCCUUCGUCAGAUCGAGGGAUACCCAUAUUUGCAAUUUUCAACUGAUGAUAUUGGCGAUUCAACUGCAGCAUUUGAGAAUUUCACUACUGAAAAUGGAACCAUUCGCAUCAAGUCCACUUCCAACAAUGAAUUUUGGAGGCGCAGUCCGAAUUGGAUUUGGGCAGAUUCUAACGAGAAUAGCAACAAUAACAAGGAUACCUUGUUUCGCCCCAUUAAAGUUGACUAUCAAACUAUAGGUCUUCUCAACUUGGGUAACAAUCAUUUCUGCAAGCGACUAACAACCGAGGGAAAGACAAGCUGCCUUAAUGCAGCUGUCCCCACUGUCACCAAAGAAGCCAAGAUAAAGGUGGAAGAGCCUGUUUUGACAAGGAACAUUUAUGACGUCAAAUACGAUAUGGAGAAUUCAAGGGUUUAUGAUGAAACAGUCCUUGUCGUGGCUAAGAAUUCUGCCACCAAUAAUACCCAGCAAACCUCAAGUUUAGACGUGAAGCUCUCCUACACAAAUACUAGGACUAGCAAUUGGAAAACUAUGCUUUCCCUGAAGUUGGGAAUGAAAGCCAUCAUGGCUUCAGUAUUCCACUCAUUUUUCGAUGGAAAGAUUGAAAUUUCUGGUGAAGUUCAAUCAGGAGUCGAGUGGGGAGAGACCACAACAACAAUUACUGUAUUGGAGGUUGUACACAAAGUUGUUGUGGCACCAAUGAGUAAGGUGACCGUCUCUCUAAUUGCAACAAAUGGUAAAUGUGAUGUUCCCUUCACAUUCAUGCAAAAGGACACACUUUACAAUGGGAACACUAUCACCACUGAAGUGCAAGGCGGCACUUACACCGGUUCUAAUUUCUAUAGCAUCAAAUUUGAAACCAAGCAAGACAAGAUCUAAAUUCAGUGCACUGUGUGUUGUGUACGCAUCCAAUAAGCCUUUAUGGAAGAUAUGUUUCUUAUAUAUUACUAAUCUAAAAUAAAACAUGCGUGAAUUCAUCAUCUGUGGAGGUGUGAAUGAACGAAAGUGGGGCCGGGCCGGAAUGGAACGAGUGUGUUUGAGGUCAGCAACAUCCUAGCUGGUUAAAGGGGGCUCUAAAGUAGAGAUGGGCAUAGCUGAUUAACGAGCAAGCCCUACCUAGUGGAUUCGGAUCGAUCUCUAGUUGACUGAGAGCCAUCCUACCAGCAAGUUUUUUUUUUAAAUAUUAUCUUAUUAUUUUGACUCCGAACU